GGGUCAGAAACAAUCUCUUUGCAGUCCCAUUCGCCCCAAGCCUCGAUGCCAGAAGAAGAAAUUAGUGUAUGGGUUGACGAGACGGAGGAACAAAACAGCAAACGGCAGAAAUUAAACGAAGCUGUCCACAGCAUCUCAGGUGGCCGCUACAGCCUUGUAAUGUCCACCCUGAACACGACCUGGGAAAACGUCUCCAAUACCCAGCAGAGAUAUUACAUCCGCAAAGCUAAAGAGACUAUAGCGACCUCAUUGUCUGUCAUCACUCCCGGCCAAGAGGAACUGGUUUGGAAGGCGUUACAAACGGAGGUACUUUUGGAUCCAAACAGAGACAACCAAGGAAAGCGCAAGCGUUUUAAUCCCAACUCUGGUCUUGUCGACAUUUUAGUCAAGGCCUAUGAGCAAGCAGCUCAUUGGCAAACAAAGCGACAGAUCCUUUCGCUCUUUGCAGACGACUUUUCAAGAGCUGAGUUUCAAGAGAUGAUCCCUGGGCUCUCCAAAUGGCCCAUUGACCAAGUUCGCCAGCAUGCAACAGAAACCGGAAAAGGCCCACCACUCCCCGAAAUUCCUAGCUUCCGUACAAGAAUUGAGCACGUAAAGGUGGAUCAUUUCAUUGAAUAUAUCUCCAGACCAGAAUUUGUCCAGGACAUGGCGUUUGGGACAAAAACUCUCAGGCUUGACUCGGGAGAGAAGAUUUUAGUACCAGCGGUCAAUAGGACCGUCAUCCCUUCACGCAUCAUCAGACAAUAUUUAGACUAUUGUAAAGAACAAGAGUUCGAGCCUGCGAGCCACCGUUCUCUCUAUUCUCUUCUUGUUGAAAAUAGCCGAGCCGUAAAUGCCUUUACGUUUCAUUUAAUUGCGGCCACAAAGCUCCUGUGUGAUGCUGUUACGCGUUCAAGGCAUGGAUUUGUCCUCAAAGGGCAUGUCUUCAAUUCAUUUAUUACAGAACGCGUUGCCUUUUGCUACAGCGCUUGCAAUGCAAAUCUAGCUUGUCAGAGUUUAAACUACAAUCUUGGCAACAGAAGCUGUGAGUUCAAUUCAGAAUUCAGCAGAAGUCAGCCGCGCAGUUUUCAAGAGAAUGUAAUAUACGUGUACGCUGACAAUCCAGAUCGAGGAAAGAAAGGAUCUCAGUCCUCUGUACCAGGCCUCUCUUGUAAAAACAUCAAAGACAGUGGAGAUCUGGACACUAGCGGCACUUAUUGGAUUCGGCCUGUAGGCUUAGAUGCCAGUUUCUUAGGAUACUGUGAAAUAACAGCGAUCGGAAAGUGGACGAGAGUCACUCAGUCAUGGAUCGAGAACACUCUAAAGGGAGGAGUUACGCUGAGCUACAGUGAGGAAAGCAAUGGCCUCGCCAUCUCAGGUCAAGUGACGUCAUAUGGAUGCGGGUCAGGAAUAGCUUCCGGUGCGUUAACCAUCAUCAAAGGUUACUGGACUAAAAUAAAGUACACACAAGAAUUCCGUGGAGUAGCGUCAUGUUGGAGCUUCUUUGGAAAUAAUUUGUACGUAAUAUUAUUGAUAGUCAAGUAA